ACCUUUUGUGGAUCAUGUAUCGCGAUUCGAGCUUAUGUGCAUCCUCUUGCGUAUAUGUAUAUGUAUAUGGAUGUUUGUUUAUAACUGAAUUUUACGUGUUUGAUCGAUGCUGAAGAAUUUGGGGAGUUCGAUUGUCAUCAUUUUAAUUUUCUCCUAAUUUGGAGUAGCCGUGCUUCUUGUUUGGCCCCCUCACCUUGGAGUUUGAUGUGGAUAUUUCUGGAGUUGUGUCUACAUUCUUCUUUUUGCCAUAUUUCACCCUUCCCCUGUGAAAUUGGUUUCCUUCAACUUUCUGUCUGCUAAAAGAAGUGCCUUGACAAAAAAAACUUGUAAACCUUUGUGUACAUGAGUUAUUCAAUGGCAUCUUUAUUGCUUCCCGUGCCUAAGGUGACCCUAUGCACCAGCCAACAUUCUAAUUGCUGCAUUUUGAGAAAUCAUGUCCAGCAACCUCGAUCAAGUCAUGCGCUCCAUCCAAUUAAACCUCAACCCAGUGAUGGGAUUAAUUUUAAGAAGUUUAUGUUCUUCAGUCCUUUAGUCUACCAUCACAAGCCCAAACCAGUCGCUGCACUGGAUUCAGAUAUACCUGGUUCCAUUGAUCAGGACUUGAAAAGUAGUGACAACUUUAAGCAAUGGGAUUCAUUGACUGCAAAGUUUGCAGGAGCUGCCAAUGUACCAUUUCUACUGUUGCAACUGCCCCAAAUCAUACUCAAUGCUCGUAAUCUUCUUGCAGGGAAUAAGUCUGCUUUGUUUGCUGUUCCAUGGCUGGGGAUGUUUACUGGACUACUAGGGAAUUUGUCUUUGCUAUCAUACUUCAUAAAGAAGAGGGAAAAGGAGGUGGCAGGGGUGCAGACAUUAGGAGUUAUAUCAACAUAUGUUGUAAUCUUACAGCUUGCUAUGGCUGGAGCUAUGCCUUUUCCUCAAUUUGUAGUGACAUCUUUUGUUGUUGCUUGUGGUCUUGUUAUAAAUUUCAUGAAUUACUUUUACUUGCUCAAUCCUGGACUUUGGCGCUAUUGGGAAGACUUUAUAACCAUUGCAGGCCUCUCUGCACUUCCACAAGUCAUGUGGUCAACCUUCCUCCCAUAUGUUCCAAACACAAUCUUGCCGGGUGCAAUAUCUUUUGUAAUGGCAGUGACAGCUGUGCUUAUGUCUCGCAUGGGUAAACUGUCAGAGCAAGGUGUCAAAUUCAUUGCAUCACUAUCUGGGUGGACUGCCACUCUUCUUUUUAUGUGGAUGCCGGUUGCACAAAUGUGGACAAAUAUUCUUAAUCCUGAUAACAUCAAGGGUUUAUCUGCUGUCUCAAUGUUGCUGGCCAUGAUUGGGAAUGGACUAAUGAUUCCUCGAGCACUCCUUACUCGGGACCUCAUGUGGUUCACAGGUUCUAGUUGGGCUUGCAUUUUUUAUGGAUGGGGAAAUCUUGUUUGCUUGUAUAGUUUUAAAGUCAUUAGCAAGGAAUUUUUCUUGGCUGCUACAGUUGGGUUUGUAGCAUGGAUAGUUAUGGCUUUCUGGAAAGAUACGCAAGUAUAUGGUUACAGGUCACCUUUGACAUCCUUGAAGAAAUUGGUUUCUGGUUCAAAAUAACUGGUGCUCCAAGAACAGAAUGCCAGUAUGAUAUUGCUUCAGUUUUGGCAGUUUAUUCUCGAGGAAACAGUCAGCUUUGCGAGAACCUAUUUUAGCAUUAGCCAAAAGUUUCAUUUCGCUUUGCUAUGUACAGUACACAUUAUCCUAAUAAUGCAAUCUUACAUGAUUUUGCAAGAGCUA